GGGAGUCAUUCGGGUUGUUGCCCCGCGCGACUCGGCCACGCGUCCCGGACUUCGCCCUCUCGGCUCAAUCCUGAGAUCGGGCGGUGACAGCACAGCUGGGGUCCCCAUGCCCGACCCGGGCAUGGACAGGGUCCGCUUCCAGAACUUCCUUUCCUUGUCAUGACCCUGGUAGGAUCCCUAACCACUGCCUAGGACCUCCUCGUACCCUGCUGUCGCCUUCCCCACUUUUGUUCAUUUAGGGAUGCCCUCUCAAUUAUCUCCUCCACCUAGCAAACUACUACUCAUUCUCCAAGGCUCAGUUCAGAGAUCGCUUCCCCUGAAAAGGCCCUCAGGAUCGCCUAGGCUCCAAACACAGGGCCCGGGCCGCUCCAGAUCCCCCUCCCCUCUUCGAUGACACAAGCGGUGGUUACUCCAGCCAGCCAGGGGGAUACCCAGCCCCAGGAGCCGACGUGGCCUUCAAUGUCAACCACUUGCUCGGGGACCCAAUGGCCAACAUGGCUGUGGCCUAUGGCAGCUCCAUCGCAUCCCAUGGGAAGGACAUGGUGCACAAAGAGCUGCACCGUUUUGUGUCUAUGAACAAACUCAAGUACUUUUUCGCUGUGGACACAGCCUAUGUGGCUAAGAAGCUAGGGCUCCUGGUCUUCCCCUACACACACCAGAAUUGGGAAGUGCAGUACAGUCGAGAUGUACCUUUGCCCCCGCGACAAGACCUCAACGCCCCUGACCUCUAUAUCCCCACAAUGGCCUUUAUCACCUAUGUGCUGCUGGCUGGGAUGGCACUGGGCAUUCAGAAAAGGUUCUCCCCAGAGGUGCUGGGCUUGUGUGCAAGCACAGCACUGGUGUGGAUCGUGUUGGAGGUGCUAGCCCUGCUCCUGGGCGUCUACCUGGCCACCGUGCGCGCUGACCUGAGCACCUUCCACCUGCUGGCCUACAGUGGCUACAAAUAUGUCGGGAUGAUCCUUAGUGUGCUCACAGGGCUGCUCUUUGGCAGCGACGGCUACUACGUGGCACUGGCCUGGACCUCGUCUGCGCUCAUGUACUUCCUCGUGCGCUCUUUGCGAACAGCAGCCCUGGGCCCCGACAGCAUGGGGGGCCCGGCUCCCAGGCAGCGUCUCCAGCUCUACCUGACUCUGGGUGCUGCAGCCUUCCAGCCCCUCAUCAUAUACUGGCUGACCUACCACCUGGUCCGGUGACCCCUGGCCCCCACUGGUACUGAUUUUUCCAUACAUUGAAGAUUUGAUAUCCUUGA